AUGGGUGGACCGGAAAGCGAAAACGACGACUUCAAGUUCGUCAUGACUUGCCUAAAGCAUACUUCAGAGAAGCUGCCCAAGCCGAACUUCGAUGAGGUCGCUAAAGAGCUUGGUGCGAAGAACGCGACUGCCUGCUACAAACGCCACUGGGCUAUCCUCAGGAAGUGGGGUCUGGCUGGUAACAGUGGCAAGGGUCGCAAGCCUGCUGGAGACACCACCGCGAAGACCACCACCGCCGGCCAAAAGCGCAAGGCCCAGAACGACGACGGCGGCGGGGACGACAAACCACCGGCCAAGAAGGGUAAAGCAACUCCGAUGAAGAAGACCGCUCCUGUCAAGGUGAAGGCAGAGGAGACUGAAGAAGAUGCUCACGAAGGAGAUGCUGAAGUCAAGGAGGCAGAGCCAGAAGAAGACGAGCACUGA